UAUUCAGUAUCUUUUAUGUUCUGUCAAAUCACAUCGGAAGAGAAGAGAGUGUAUGGUCAGACAAUCUCGCUCAGAUAUCGCUCAGCUCCUUACCAAUGGCCGCUUCUCAGAAGCUCUUCCAAAGGCGAAACAAUUCUGUGAAGAUGAGAGAAGGUUAUUGGCGUACGAUCAGGUCGACAACUUCUGCGCAUCCAUCAUGCAGAAUAUAUCUACUCUAAAUCGUCAAAGCGAUGUUCAUCUGUUACCAGACGCAAUUAAAGAAGCAAUGGCCGGACUGAUAUUUGCUGCAUCAAGAAUCGGGGAGCUUAACGAGCUUCAAUACAUAAGGAGCAUGUUCUUGGUGAGGUUUGGGCGUGAGUUUGACAAGGAAUGUGUAGAUUUGCGCCGAGGAAACGUCGUGGGUUCGGAGAUAGUCAAGAUUCUAGACACCAAGUUGCCGCAAUAUGAAAUUACAGACAUUGUAAUGGAACUUUCUCAAAAGUACCAGACCAGUACUACUGCGGAUUCAAUAAGUGAUGGUUUAGCUGCAAGUAAUGAACUUGGCAUUGGUGAUUCUGAAGCGGAGAAGAUGAAAAGCAUUGUUAGGAGAAAGUUGCUGCGUCCAAAUGUUGGAGAGAUUGAAGGAAGAGAUCGAUCAUUCAUGAGAUAGAAGAGUUUGA